AUGGAUUUGAUUGAGAUCAAAGAUCAUAAAUCCACAGUUAGGCACAUUAUUCAUUUAUUGCACAAUUUAUUCAUUGGGUUUCACAAGUCUACAUUUUUUUGCUUCUUUUUGUUUCUAUCUCUCUUUAGAAAGUGUUUCCUGCCUGACACCGUUCCAAGGACAUCACGUAGAUCAUGUAAUGACAACUACAGAACAAUAUUCACACAGCACAAGGACUAUCUGAAGAAGCAGGUUGAGAACAUCCGUGAACGUGUGUUGAAUCCAGACUCACAGAAACCUCAUGGCAGCAUCGACACAACCCUCUACAUCACUGAGGGAGAAUACAAGGCCGUGGAUGUGGAGCAUGGAGUUGCGCAAGUAGAGGUGCGAGGCUCUGAAGACACUCAAAUCAAUUAUAAUGACAUCUUUAAUCCUCUACCAGGACAGAAUGGUCCCAUCAGAGCUGUGCUGACCAAGGGAGCUCCCGGCAUUGGAAAAACCGUCUUGGUUCAGAGGUUCAUCAGUGACUGGGCAGAUGGAAAGGCCAACCAAGACAUAGAUGUGGUGAUUUUGCUCCCUCUUCGAUUGCUGAACAGAAUAAAAAGGGAAAUUAGUCUUCAGCAGCUUUUGUCUCAGCUCUACCCUAGUCUACAAGAGUGGGUGAAUAGUGUGAAGCUUGAAGAUUACCAGAUUUUAUUCAUCUUUUUUGCUUUGGAUGAGUGCAACCUCCCGUUGAAUUUUGAGCAAAACCGGAAGCUGUCCGACAUCUCACAGAAAGCCUCGGUGGACACGCUCGUAACAAGCCUGAUCAUGGGUUCUUUGGUCCCCAACGCUCGCAUCUGGAUCACGUCACGACAUGUGGCAAGUGACCAAAUUCCUCCUGAGGUCAUCGACAAAGUUACAGAAGUAAGAGGAUUCACUGAUGUGCAGAAGGAAGAGUAUUUCAAGAGGCAUAUCAGUGAUGAGGGUCUGGCUGAGCGCAUCAUCUCCCACAUCAAGGCAUCAAGAAGUAUCCAAGCCAUGUGUCGCCUGCCAGUCUUCUGCUGGAUUGCUGCCACUGUGCUUCAGCAGAUGGAAUUCAGUGAUGAGAUACCAACAACUCUGACAGAGAUGUUCAUACACUUCCUGCUCAUUCAGACUACCAGUAGGCACAAAUAUCAAGGUGACAAUAAGUCAGCAAAGCAGGAUACCUUGGAAGCACAAAAGCACAACAUACUGAAAUUGGCGGAACUUGCCUUUAAGCAACUGAAUGAGGGCAACUUAAUGUUUUCACAUAAUGACCUAAAGCAAUGUGGCCUUGACAAAACCGAAGCCUUGGUGUACUCCGGAUUGUGCACUGCUACCUUGAAGGGACAGGCUGCCAUUUUUGGGGAAAUGUACACAUUUGUGCAGAUCACCAUUCAGGAGUUUCUGGCUGCCCUGUAUAUCUUUGUGUCCUAUGUCAAGGAGGAUACAGAAGCACUAAGACCUCUGUUAAUGAAGAAGUCAAGCAUGCAAAAGAUCCCAAGAAAACACCCUUCCCUAGAGGAACUCCUCAGGUGCGCUGUCAACAGUGCGCUAGAGAGCAAGAGUGGGCAUCUGGAUCUGUUCGUCCGCUUCCUUCACGGGAUGGCCAUGGAGUCCAACCAAAAGGUCUUGAGAGUACUUCUGGCAUGCCAACAAGACAACCCAAGGUAUAUCAGCAACCCAGAUUGUCUAAAGAGAGCUGCUCAAAACCUGAAAGACAUAAAACGUAAGGACAUCUCCCCUGAUCGAUGGAUCAACCUCCUCUACUGCCUUGUGGAAAUCCAUGACACGACAGUGCACCAGGAGGUCCAAGCUUUUAUGCACUCUGAGACGGGUGCGUUGAAACGGCUCAAACCGGCCCACUGCUCAGCCUUAGCCAGUACAUUGAUGAUGGCAGCCAUGCCUAUGGAUGAGUUUGACCUGAAGAAGUACAAGACAUCCGAUGAGGGCAGGAGAAGACUGGUUCCGGCAGUGCGGUCCUGCAAAAAGGCUCUACUUGCAGACUGUAGACUCACCGCAAAGUCUUGUGAGAUAGUCGCCUCUGCGUUGAAGGCCCCCAGAUCCCUGCUUCGAGAGCUGGACAUGAGUCACAACAACAUGCAGGAUUCCGGAGUAAAGCACCUCUCUUCUGGCCUGAGGAACUCAAACUGCAAGCUGGAGACCCUGAGGUUGUCUGCCUGUGGCAUCACUGGGAAAGGCUGUGAGUUGCUGGCCUCUGCCCUGACGGCAAACCCCGCCCACCUCAAAGAGCUGGACCUGAGCUCCAAUCAUCUUAAAGAGGCGCAGCUUAGGACACUCCAGUCAAUAAAGGAAAAUCCAGAGUCGGCAUUGGAAAUACUCAGGUGAGACAAUAAUGUUACUAUAUUAUAUGUUUCAGUUUGAAAUU